UAUAAUUACUGAGAUUUAGAUAUGUAUGUUUGUGUUUAUGUACUAUUUGUUGAUUGGUUUUAUAAAGUAUAUUUUAUUUAUUCUUAUAGAGUACACUUUCAUUUACGUUUUACUAUUAAAAGCAUUGAAAUUCAUAAUAAUAUAAAUUAUUAAAGUACCAGUGUACUCAUUAUUAUUAUUAUCAUUCAAUAAAGUAAUUUGGAAAAACAAAUUAGGCAAAAAUGGAACCAUUUGUACAAGUAUUCUUUGCUAUUGAUAAAGAUGGAACUGAAACUAUCACAGUAGAAGAAUUGAAAAAGUAUGUUGCUGAAAAUAAACUUGAUGACAUGAUGGUUACAAAAUGGAAAUCAUUAUUUGAUCCCAAAGGUACUGGAAAAAUAACAUUUAAAACUUUUUGUGAUGUAUUGGGUUUGAGUCCUGCACAAGCAGUAGCCAUGAAAACACAACAUCAGCAAGCAUCUGCAUUAAAACUUCAUCCAGAUGUUGUUGUAAUCUAUGAACAACUUCCAUUAGAUAGACAAGUUGCUAUUAGUAAUAAAGCAAUUGAACUAUUAGCAUCUUCAAAGAAAUUGGAUGAGAAAGAUCAAGCUGUUCAAUUGAAACAAUGGUUAGAUACCACUUAUGGUAAAGCAUGGCACAUUGUCAUAGUUAAAGGAUCAUUUUGGAGUAGUUAUUCACAUAGUGCUAAUAAAUGUUUUAUAUUUCGUGUACGUGAUGUAUCUUAUCUUAUAUGGAGAACACCAGAUGAAGAAAUAACCAGUGCAUAGAUAAAUAAUUAGAUAACUUGAAGAGAAACAAACAAUUUAAAAAGAUAGUUAACAAUAAAUGCUUUGUUGAAACAUAUGAAAACCAAUAUUAUUAUGAUAAAGAUGAAAUACAGGGAUAAUUAAUUUUUCUUAAAUUUUGUCUUUAAAAGAAUAUGAUUCUUUAAAUUAUUUGUUUUAAUGCUUAUUUGAUUGAAAACAUUAAUAGAUAACUUGUAUCUAGCCGAAAUAAAUUCAUUAAUCGUCAA